UCCCUUUGUUGCUGUAUUCUGAUGUCAAAACACGAGACAAGCUGUGACCUGAUUGCAGUGUGUGUGAAGUUCAGUGGUUUUGAGUUGAAUACAGUAAUUCUGCAUUUGUUUUGUCGCUUGCAGAAUGAUAGUGAGUAGACACUACUUUACUAACAACCUUCACAAAUACAUGGGGAAACAGUUUCUCAAGCUGUGCAAGUUUGCAAUCCAUUAUAGUUCCACAAACGAUAGGAAUGCACCAUCAACGGUGGGAACUCAGAACUGUGAAUAUUAGCUGCAAAACCUAGCGAGAUGAAGGCUGGAAUAUUGUUGCAAGAGGACCUCUGGAUAUGUCUGUGAAAAUGAAGGUUUCAUCAGUGGUUUAUUUCUGUGCUCGUCUUUUUAAUCAAUGCUGUGUUAUUUAAAAACUUCCCAGCUAAAUUUGGUGGCCUUAAAACCAAGAUUGGGAGGUAUGUUAAUUUAAUCUAGCAUUGAUUACACUCCAGCCGUCCACUAAUGUUGCACUGCCUUUACAAUGGUUAGUGUCUUGCUGAAAGUCAGUGAUUGUCCUGGCACAGCAGCAGGAGAUGGCAUUUGUGAAUAGCACCAUUUAAAGCUAGUCUGCAUUGCUUUAAACUUCAUUUGCUGCCUUUAAAGGAGAAAUACAAUGUUACUGGAGCAGGAGUUCACAAUCACACUGGGUUAACCUGAUUAGGGAAACAUUUCCAUGAUUCAUUUUCCCCAGAAUAAGGUGAUUAAUAAAGUCUAAUCUCUAAUGUAAUGAGGAAAAGUAGGCUUUAAGAUGUUAGAAUGUUAGGAUAUCAGGUGGACAUUGACAUGCAAAGACUGUACAGCAUUUGUGGACCGGCAGCACUGUCAUUAAUUUAAAUUAUGUAAUUAAUGCCUUCCCAACAUGCUUUGGAGGAGGAAGAAUUCAAAGUAUAUAAGAUAUACUUUAUCUCCAAGUGCCAGAAGCCAUCUGGGCGUAUACUUGAAUGGCAGCUGGCACAGAGAGUUGUUGAGAACAGUGACAAGAUCUGGGGCUUGUGACUAUCGAUGCAGCUUUGCAAGAACUUCACUGAUCUGCAUUGAGUGGACAAGGUUUUGGCUUUGGAGUCCCUAAAGUCAAUUUGAUGCUGAAGCUGAAUUCUGAUCUCGCCUCAAUUCAGCGAUCCCAGGCAUGAUUCGGGAUUGCGAUGUGAUCUCAGUUUACACGCAAGUCAUCUUCCACAGUCGUAUGCGCCCGUGAUCUGUCAUGGUACGAUAAUUGAGAAAGCAAACCUGGCCAUCCAGCCACAAGUUUAGCCAAUAUAUUGUAAAUCCAUGGGGUAAUAUGAGAACAGGGAUUUGAUCCUCAAUAUAUUGGUUUCCUGCACUAUCCAGCACUUAAUAGUUUGAACCUAACUGGAAUAGAAAUGGUUUUACCUAGCUUUGGGGUUAUGAAGAAGUUUUGUGUCUUCAUGUGUGUCAUUACACCCUGCCUCUACACUGUCAUCUAUAUAAUAUGUUUUCAGAAGGCAAAUGUAUUGCUCAAAAAUGGAUUGAACUAUGAUGAAACCAAGGAACUCCAAUAUGAUCUGAUUCAGCGUGAAGCACAGGAGGUAUUACGUGGUAGGGAGGAUGCAAAAGAAUUGAGUAAUGAAGAUGCCAAACAAGGUUUUUUUUGGAAACAUUUUGAGAUAGUAAAGUCAAAUUCAAGUGUUAUUUUAAAGACAAUUGCCACCAGAUCCAGUAAGGUAGAAAUUCCUAUUAAAGGACCUACUGUUUCAAAGGAUAUUUUGCCUGCAUCUGCAAUUACCAAGGAUUUAAUCAGGGCCCGACCAAUAAAGCAACAAUUAAUCACAGCUGCACAAGCCACCAAGAUCAAACUUGCACUUAGAAAUCAGUGGAUGAUUUGGAAUGAAGAUAGCUCUUCAAGUAACCUUAAUCGGCGCCUACAGAAUGCCAAAAAAAAUUAUGUUGCCAUGAAUAAAUUUGCUGUAAACUUUACUGGAAAGAGGAGACUGAGGAAAUUGAGCAGCAAAGAAUUGUUGUGCGAACUGAAGCAGAGAGUGGAGGUGGCUUCCAUUCAAUUUGGAGACGAGCCCUUCACAACAUCCAGGUGGAAGCAAUUCUUACCGACCAGAAAUCUUUCCCAAACACUAGGACCUUUUCAGACAUGUGCCGUUGUAAUGUCAGCUGGAUCAAUCCUGAAGUCAAAGCUUGGAAGAGAAAUAGAUGCCCAUGACGCCGUUCUGAGGUUCAAUCGGGCACCUACCAUUGGAUUUGAGUCUGAUGUGGGGAACCGUACAACAAUUCGGAUAGUUAAUUCACAGAUCCUUUCAAGGCGAGAGCACAACUUUCAUGGUGACAGUUUGUACAAAACAGGUGUCUUAUUAGUCUGGGACCCAGCACCAUAUUCAAGUAACCUUACUAAGUGGUUCAAGCAGCCAGACUUCGAUUUCUUUGAGAAUUACAUCAAGUACCGUGAAAAGAAUCCAGAUCAGCCCUUCUACAUUAUGAAUCCCAAACUGCAGUGGCAGCUUUGGAACAUUUUGCAGGAGAACGCGGGAGAAGAUAUCCAGCGCAAUCCCCCUUCCUCUGGACUAAUGGGUAUCCUAUUAAUGAUGACCGUUUGCAAUGAAAUAGACGUCUAUGAAUUCCUUCCUUCGCAAAGACAGACUGAUCUCUGCCAUUAUUAUGAAAAGAUCCAAGACCAAGCCUGCACCUUGGGAGCUUACCACCCUCUGAUGUUUGAGAAAAAUAUGGUGAAACGUAUAAACCGUGGUUCAGAUAAGAAUAUCUACGUUCAAGGCAAAGUCACCCUUCCAGGGUUUCGAACAUUCCAAUGUCCUAAUUCAGGUUAAAUACAUUAAACCCUCAUUAUUACAGACCAUAGGCUAAGGGGGGGACCGGUGUCUGUUAUUGCCAUUUGUCCUCUAUAACCGAGUAGUGUAUUAUCAUUGUAUGAGGUUAACAUAGGAAAUAGGUGCAGGAGGAGGACGUUCGACCCUUCGAGCCAGCACCGCCAUUCAUUGUGAUCAUGGCUGAUCAUCCACAAUCAGUAACCCGUACCUGCCUUCUCCCAAUACCCCUUGAUUCCGCUAGCCCCAAGAGCUCUAUCUAAUUCUUUUAAAUGCAUCCAUUGAAUUGGCAAACACUGCCCUCUGUGGCAGAAUGACACAAAUUCACAACUCAGUGGGUGAAAACAUUUUUUUUCAUCUAAGUUUUAAAUGGCCCCUUUAUUCUUAGACUGUGGCCCUUGGUUCUGGACUCCCCCAUUUUUCCUGCACCUAACUUGUCCAGUCCUUUUAUAAUUUUAUAUGAAACCAAGAACUGCAGAUGACGUUGAAUACACAAAAAAACCCCAAAGUGCUGGAGUAACUCUGCAGGUUGGCAGCACUUUUGGAGAACAUGGAUAGGUAACAUCGGGACCCUUCUUCAGACUGAAUCAAUCUGCUAUGUUACACCAGCACUUUGUUGUUUCACCUAAAAACUAGGGAUCGAUGCCUUUGGUGUGCACCAGCGAGCCUUCCUUCACCAGCUGUUGUUGUAGUCCCUGGGGACAGCACUUUCUUCAGGCCGCUGCCAAUCACAAGAAGCACCCGGUCAUCGUGGAACUCCCUCUGCUCUCACCAGCUUUCCCUUCUUCCUGUCGCUCAACAGUUUGUUCCCCCCUUUCCUAUAUGGAGUAUGCUGGCAACUCCGUGGGAGAAGGAGGUGGAGGGGAGGAAGAAGGCGAGUGGACAGAGUUACGGGAAAAGGAGGAGGAGGCGUGAGCAGCGGGGAGUAGACAGCAGAGAAGCGAGAACUGGUUAGAGGGGAGGGAGGCCCAUGGUGACUGGGCUCAUCCCAUCGAUGCUGUGACUACGGUGGCACAGCGGUAGAGUUGCUGCCUUACAGUACUUGCAACACCAGAGACCCGGGUUCGGCCCCAAUUGUGAGUGCUGUCUGUACCUACCACACUCCAAAGACGUAUAGGUUAAUUGGUUUGGUAUGUGUAAAAAUUGUCCAUAAUGUGUGUAUAGGAUAGAGUUAAUGUGCGGGGAUCGCUAGCCGGUACGGAAUCAGUGGGCUGAAGGGCCUGUUUCCCCUCUGUAUUUCGAAACGAAACUAAACAAAAAAGAAAGCACUGUCCCCAGGGGCUACAACGUGAGCAGCAACAACAGCCACUUCAAACGAACUGUGCUCAGUGAAGAAGGUGCUAUGGGUUGUUUUUGUUUGUACAAUACUAAAUUAUUCGAAACAAGCCCACCACCACAAUACAAGCAAAACAAAUAUACUAAACUAGACUAAGUGGGACCCGUUGGGUCCCAUGUUCACACGGGAGGGCUGAUCCACCAACGCAAUAUUCCAACUCUCCACCAAUUCCAAUAUUGGUGGCCAGUGGAGGGGUGGGAGGGGGCGCACUUUCUGGAGCGCUAGUAUUGGUGUUGUGGGCUGAAGGGACUGGUUUCCAGAGGGCUAGUAUGGACAUUGUGGGCCAAAUGGAUUCUUGCGGUGGCAGCUCAGUCAUUCAAGCCUGAUGUGCUGGCAGCUCACUCACGGCUGGUGGGCUGGCAGUUGACUCACGGCUAUUCUUUGAAAUUCCAUUUCAAGCAGGGUGCAA